CCCACUGAGACUUGGCCUGCCACCCCCAUACUAAUACGCGGAGGCAUUAGCGCUGAAAGGACGGGACGUCAGGGCUCCACCGAGACCACUCAGUACCGCUGCGAACCGCAGAAAACCGCCUCGGCACGCGUGCGCUGCAGCAAGCAGCAGACCACAGCAAAUGCUGCGCCUCACACGCCGAGCCUUCAGCAGCACGCCGUCGCCGCGCGUCGCCGUCGUCGGAAGCGGCCCGGGCGGCUUCUACACGGCGAAGUACCUCCUGAGGGACAGCAAAAAUGUACACGUCACGAUCCUCGAUAGGUGGCCGACACCUUUCGGGUUGGUAAGGUACGGCGUCGCGCCCGACCAUCCCGAGGUGAAGAGCGUGCAGGACGACUUUGAAGAGGUCGCGACAUCAGAGAGGUUCUCGUACGCGGGCCACGUCUUCGUCGGGCAUCCGGCUGAUGCCCCAUCUCAUACCGGUCCCGUAGUACCUCUAAACGACCUCAUGAAUCUAUAUGAUGCCGUCGUCGUGGCGACGGGCUGCGAUUUAGCGAGGAAGUUGGACCUGCCCGGCGCGGAACUGGAAGGUGUCGUCAACGCGCGGGCCUUCGUCGGUUGGUACAACGCUGAGCCGACGUUUUCCCAUUUACAGUUACCUGACGUGAGCGACCAGCUCCGAAGCGUCAUCAUAGGCCACGGCAACGUUGCUUUAGAUUGCGCGCGCUUGUUAGCCGCGCCUUCAUCGCAUCUCGACGCGACCGACAUCCAUUCAACAGCCUUUGAGGCGCUGCAGAGGCUCCCGUCGAAGCGUCUUAUACACGUCGUCGGGCGGCGCGGCGCGACGCAGGCGGCCUUUACGACGAAAGAGGUCCGCGAGCUCACGGAGCUCGAGAACGCCGCCCUGGUCAUCGAUCCCGCCGAACUGGAAGCGGGCGACACGGAAGCGUCAAUAGAAGAAGGGAAAGCACGACCACUGAAACGCAAGCGCAAGUUCCUCGAUCAGGUCGCUGCUUCGACGAAUACCGCGGAGCGGGAGGUGCACCUCCGGUUUCUGAGGCGGCCCGUGGCCUUCGAGGAAGGAGCCAAGGGCCGUCUGGGAGCGGUCGUCUUCGAGAAGUGCGUCUUGGAGGGUGAUGUGAAUGCGCAGACAGCCGUGGGCACCGGCGUCCUCGAAAGCAUAGAAUGCGAUCUGGCGGUCUGCGCCGUCGGCUACACGGCGAGCCCGCCCUGCCCCGACGGCAGGCGCGCCAGGCCUCAAGACGGCCCGGCGGGGACCUACGCCCAGGUCGGCAGUCGCGUCGCGCCGAAGUUGUAUUGCUCGGGAUGGGUGAAGCGCGGGCCGACGGGCAUCGUCGGCUCGAACGUCGCCGACGCGCGCGAGACGGCCGCGGCCGUGCUCGAGGACCUGGCUGCUAGUGGUGUUGCCGGUUAUGGGGAGGGCACGUCGUGGGCCGACUGGCGUCGGAUCGAUGGGGUCGAGAAGGCGAACGCGAGGAACGGGGCGCCGCGGGCGAAGUUUUCUGACGUCGAGGGGAUGUUGGAUGCGGCGAAGUCGUCGUAGAUGUUGUGUAAAAAGAGUUUGUUCCGCC